GAGGGGGGGCAAACCCUCCCCCACCACCUUCUUCUCCCGCAGCGCACCACACACAGCGCGCGGGCUGCUCACUCGGCAACGGCCGCCGCGGCGCGUCCCUGCUUGUAUUUAUCAAGCUGCUCCCACCCCCCACCCCAUUUUUCGGAAAACGUAUUGGCCUUUCGGAGUUUAAUCAGAAGAGGAUUCUCGUCCCCGUUCCCUCCGCUCUUCCAUCGUCCCCCUCGCGUGUCUCUGUCGUGGAGGGCUGAAGCAAUCCGGUGGCUACCGAUCCAUGCCUGCGCUCGAGCGUGUGUGUGCGAGUGUAAAUUGCCGAGAAGAGGGGGAAAUCACAGGACUUCUGCAAAUGCUGGACUGAAAAUUGCAAUUCAUCUGCUGCCGCUGCUGCUUUUUUGGCAACGCUGUCGUGCUCUUGAAAUCUCCGGUUGGAAUUCCUAGGGGUUAACAUUUUCAGUGAAGCCGAAGUGUGGGGACGCGAUCUGGAAACCCUCUUGAUUUUUACUCCACCUAGCUCCCCACCUCCAACUACUGAUUCAUUGCAAGUUUCAAAGAAGCUUAUACAAGGAGACUUUUGAAGAUCAAUGGUGUCGUUGCCUUAUGUAUUUGUUUGGGUUUUACCACGAAAAGGAACGUGACAGACCAUGCCGUCCUUAAAAAUACAGUGAGUUUUUUUGCACAGGAAUUUGGUUUAAUGUAACUUUCAACGGACGCAUUUCAAUUUUUCUUUUCUUUUUUUUUUUACUUUAAAUGCAUUCGAACAAAUUCAGUUUCCAGACAAUUUGAUUCGUUCUCUUUAGCGUGUAACUUGUAGCGGAUAUGCCCUUCCUCCCCUGAGAAUAUAAAGGAGAACACACCUGAUUUUAACUUGCUAGGUCGUCCCGCCCCUCACCUUUCAGCAUUGCGGAGGAAGUAGAAGGAUAUUAACUCAGCUUAAUAAAUAAUGUGCCUCAUGAAAUAAAGAGCCAAAAGGAAUUUGAAUAAAAAUUUCCUGCAUCUCAUGCCAAGGGGGAAACACCAGAAUCAAGUGUUCCGCGUGAUUGAAGACACCCCCUCAUCCAGGAAUGCAAAAGCACAUCCAAUAAAAGAACUGGAUUAUAACUAUCCUUUUUUUCUUUUCUUUUUUUCUUUUGGGGCCGUGGGGCGGGAGUCGGGACGAGAAGUGCUGUUGGUACCUGCAGCUUUUUUGGGGGAAGGAUGGCGCAAGCCGGGAGAACAGGGUAUGAUAACCGGGAGAUCGUGAUGAAGUAUAUCCAUUAUAAACUGUCACAGAGGGGCUACGAGUGGGAUGCGGGAGAUGUGGACGCCGUGCCCCCGGGGGCCGCCCCCACCGCUGGCAUCUUCUCCUUUCAGCCUGAGAGCAACCCCACGCCCGCUGUGCACCGGGACACGGCUGCCAGGACGUCGCCACUAAGGCCCAUAGUCGCCACUGCUGGGCCUGCGCUCAGCCCGGUGCCACCUGUGGUCCACCUGACCCUCCGCCGGGCUGGGGAUGACUUCUCCCGUCGCUACCGUCGCGACUUCGCGGAGAUGUCCAGUCAGCUGCACCUGACGCCCUUCACCGCGAGGGGACGCUUUGCUACGGUGGUGGAGGAACUCUUCAGGGAUGGGGUGAACUGGGGGAGGAUUGUGGCCUUCUUUGAGUUCGGUGGGGUCAUGUGUGUGGAGAGCGUCAACAGGGAGAUGUCACCCCUGGUGGACAACAUCGCCCUGUGGAUGACUGAGUACCUGAACCGGCAUCUGCACAACUGGAUCCAGGAUAACGGAGGCUGGGAUGCCUUUGUGGAACUGUAUGGUCCCAGCGUGCGGCCCCUGUUUGAUUUCUCCUGGCUGUCUCUGAAGACCCUGCUCAGCCUGGCCCUGGUGGGGGCCUGUAUCACUCUGGGUGCCUACCUGGGCCACAAGUGAGGUCCACAGACCUGCCCCAAACAAAUAUGCAAAAGGUUCACAAAAGCAGUAGAAACAAUAUGCAUUAUCAAUGAUGUACCAUGAAACAAAGUUGGGAUUUUUUUUUUUUCUUAAAUACACACACACACACACAUUCAGGCAAAUGGUCGAAUCAGCUAUUUACUGCCAAAGGAAAUAUCAUUUAUUUUUUACAUUAUUUAGGAAAAAAAAAGAUUUAUUUAUUUAAGACAGUUCCAUUGAAACUCCAAGCUUUGGAAACCCUGCCAGGAAUUGCCAAGCACCACUUUGUGGCUCCACCUGCUGGCCUGUACCUAUGGACACCGAUCUGUUUUUCAUAUUGGCCAGACUGGUCGUCUAAAGAACAAAUGUCCCAGGAACCUGACUGCUGGGGAAGCCUGCAGUCUGACUGCUGGAAGCUGGAGAGAAGGUCUCCAUGUGAUCUGUAUAAACUGGCCCUGGGGGCUAUGAUACCGUAGGGGUAGUUGCCUACAAGGAAGUCUGAUCUUCCUUGGACUGGAGAACGGACUUUGUGUAUGAUUCACAUGGUACAUACCCAGCCAGAGGACAAAGACUGGGGACUUCAGAUGGACUUGGUACCUACUGAGACGUCCCCACUGAAAGACAGAGAUGGGAGAAUUCCCUUAAACCACAGGAAAUUAUUUUUUUAGCUACCAAUUGUGCCGAGAAGCAUUUUAGCAGUUUAUAUGAUAUCAUCCAGUACCUUAAGUCCUGAUUGUAGAUAUUCAUAUAUUUUGGAUACACCCACCCACCCUCCUAUACUCACUCUGAGUAGGAAACAGAAGCUUCUAGAUUCCAGGAAGUGGACAUGUGGUGACUUCGUCAGCAUCAGGAAGAAUGGGGUCACCCAGAACGUCAGGCGGCCACAAGUGCCUGCUUUUAGGAGACCAGCACCUGCAGAACCUACUCCCUGGCCCAGUGAGGCCUUGACCUGACUGACCCUUGGCCCUCCUCAGCCUCGCUCGGGUGCUGGAACAGAGCAGUUUGGCUGUGAAUGUCUGGAAGCUCAGAAUUGCACAGUAAGAAAGAGCAAUAGUGAGACUCACUGUGGGCCCUGCCUCAUCUGGAGCGUGAGAUCCAUGACUCUUCCUAGGACAUUUGCCAAGGUAGAGAGAAGGCAGGCUCCAGCCUCUCCUGCCAGAGGGUGUGGUGAGGCAGGGACACCACCACAGCAGAAAAGAAGCCUGUGGCCCUCCAGGCAGCUGCGGGUACCUGCUAGCCUGGUCUGUCCUGUCUAAGGAAAGGGUCUGAAAUACUGUGGGGAGGCCAUAGAUCCUAAAGGAAGCCCUGCAGCGAGGCCUAAGGAUUCAAUGGCCUAUGUCUAUGGAGUUACAUGUAAAACAUUAUCCGUCUUUGU